AUGAAACCAUCGUCGUGGAGUAUGGAGAGCUGUAACAUCGACGAAAUAAGAUAUUUUGCGAAUUAUGAUUGCAUUCGAAGCAGAACGACUUUCUUCGCAUUUUUAGAAUAUUUGGCAGAACAGAACCACGCGCUGCUCGUCUACCUGGAACACAGAUAUUAUGGGAAAAGUAGACCGACCAGGUUAGUUAAUGAGUGCUUAAAUAGUGAUCUUACCUGGUUGAGCACGGAGCAAGUUUUGGCAGACACUGCGAAUUUAAUAGCUUAUUUUAAAAAGACAAGGAACAAUCCAUCGAUUGUCGUAUUUGGUUGUGGCUAUGCCGGAUCUCUGGCUGUCUGGUUUCGAUUGAAGUAUGAGCAUUUGUGCAACGGGGCUGUGGCCUUUAAUGCGCCGCUCGAGCUGAAAGCAGACUACAGUGGUAAUUGCCAACGGUGUUUAAGUGAUCAACAAUCUUAUUCUUUGACUCUUUGGCUGGCAGACGAAGCUGGCUUCGAAUUACAAUCAUGUCGGGUUUCGGUCCAGACAAAAGUUUUUUCUAAUCGCUUACUCCCUUGA